AUGAUAUUCCUACUAUACGUUAGUUUGUUGGUGGUUUUAUAUCAUAUCGUAAAAAAAUUAUUUUCGGCACCAAAGAGCCCAAACGGUUUUGAUAAUAUACCUUCGAUACCUUCACUCGAGUUCAUAUGGGCAAUGUUCACAGGAAAACCACAGGAUGAAAUCCAAGGAAUAAUAUCUAAAGUUUCUGAUAAAGGGAUUAUCAAGGCAAACGCGGGAACCAUAGCCUUUUUUUAUCUUCAAGACGUUGAAUACAUAAAACAAUUCUUAACAAAGUCAGAGGAUGUCCUUCCUAAAAUGAAACAUGGCUUAGGAAAUAGAGUUAAGAGCUUUUACGGAAAUGGAAUUCUUUUUUCAAACAGCCACUCAUGGCGCAUGCAACGAAAACUAAAUAAUGCGGCAUUCAAUCGAGCUUUAUCACAUGACAUCAUUGGCAAAAAUGCAUUCAAGUUAUUCAAUUUGAUGGAUUAUAACUUGGACAAACCGAUAAAUAUUUACGACAUGAUGCAACGUACAACCAUCGAAAUAUUAGGCCAAGUUGCAUUCGCUUAUGAAUUUGGUGGAUUGAACUCCUUUGAGAUACCAGAUAUUAUCAAAUCAUAUAAAUAUGUAAUGGAACAAACCGAAAAUUGGUUACACAUCCUCUUUCCUAUUAUGGAUCAUUUACCUCUCGAAUCAAAUAAGAAAUAUCAGGAGAACAUGAAUGUAUUUGAUAAUUUUAUCUUAAAUCUCAUCGCACAAAGACGGAAGGAGUUAAAAUAUCAAGAUAAAGAAAAAAGUGAUACCACGGAUAAUAAUUUAUUAUCCAGUAUGUUGGAACUUGGUGAGAAAGAAGGUAUUAAGAUCGAUUCUCGUGAAUUGAGAGAUAAUUUGGUGAAUUUAUUCAUUGCCGGUCAUGAUAGUGAGUAUUCUUUUUAUGCCCGUAGAAUAGAAUUGUUUCUUCCUUUUACACUUGUUAAAACGUUAUUGUUGAUAUUCUUAGCCACUUCAUUAAAUAUGAGCGUUGCUAUUUAUCAUCUCGCUAAAUUUCCGGAAAUGCAAAAGAAGGCCAGAGAAGAAGUGAUCAGAGUUCUUGGAAACGCAUUGACAACCCCAACAUCAGAACAAGUAAAGGAAUUAAAAUAUAUAAACGCGGUCAUAAAGGAGUCUUUACGUACAUAUCCUCCAUUGGCAAUUCUAAUUCCACGUCAACCUAAUGAUUAUGUUCAAGUUGGUCCUUACAUGAUCCCCCCGGAUUCUUAUACUUGCGUGAACGUUUGGCAUGUUCAUCAUGAUCCAAAUAUUUGGGAAAACCCAUAUCAAUUUGAUCCCGAAAGGUUUUUAAACGGUGAAAAACGACAUCCUUAUUCUUUCAUUCCUUUCAGCGCCGGUCCAAGAAAUUGCGCCGGACAGAAUUUCUCUUUGAUGGAACAAAGGGUUUUAUUGUCAAUGAUACUUCUUAAAUAUGAAUGGACACUUCCAGAGGACAGUAUACAUAAAGUAAAAUUCUGUUUAGAUUCAAAUUUUUUAUUAAAACCGAAAGAUUUAGAUGUCGAGAUUCAAUUUAAACGAAUAUAA